AUGCGAUCCGCUGUGUCCUGGACAGGCGGGAAGGACUGCGCGAUGGCGCUGUACGAGGCCAAGGCCGCCGGCCACGACAUCGCGCUCCUCGUGACCUUUGCGCCUGAGAACCCGAGCUUCCGCGCGCACCCGAUCCCGCUCAUGGAAGCGCAGGCGGCGGCCAUCGGGCUGCCCCAUCUCUUCCUCACGAUCCGCCCGCCCGACUACAAUGGCAGCUACGAGGCUGCACUGCGACACCUGCAGAACGACCAUGGCAUCGCGUGCCUCAUCACGGGCGACAUUGACCUCAUUGGCGCCAGCACGAGCAACUUUAUGAACGAACGGUGCGCGGGCGUGGGCAUGGCGAUCUUCACGCCGCUCUGGCAGCGGCCGCGGGAAGCGCUCAUACAGCUCGUGCUCGAGCGCGACUUUCACGUCGUCUUUUCGUGCGUCAAGGAAGCGUCGUUCAACGACGCUGCCGCGUGGCUCGGGCGUCGCAUCACGCGCGACGCACUCGACGACCUGUGCGUCCUCCAUGCGUCACACGGCGUCGACGUCUGCGGCGAGAACGGCGAGUACCACACCAUGGUGCUCUACGCGCCCUACUUUUCCAGCCGCGUGUUGCUACCAAGCAGUUGGUCGAUCGAGUCGAAAGACGGCCUCAGCUGUCUGCGCCUCGAGGCCGCACCGACGCUGCAGACACUCUUGUGAGGCUCGUACUGGACUUUGGUAGAGUAGCCGACGCAGCCUCCUACGCGCAGCAGUAACGAUAAUGUGUGUUCUAUUGGCGUACCUGCAUGUGGUCGCUAUGGUUG